AUGGGAAGUGGCGAAAGUGUUCCGAUACCAGGAGGAGGCACCGAGGGCUAUCAUGUCUUGAGAGUAAGUAGAAAGUAUGAUUUUUCAAAGUUACUUUCAACCAGGUACAAGACAAUUCGCCUGGAUCGGCGGCCGGAUUGGAGCCAUUUUUCGAUUUCAUCGUUUGUAUUGGAAAUACGCGAUUGGUUAGUUUAGGAUUUGAAAAACUGAUAUGUAACUUUUUGAGUUCAGGAUAAAGACAAUGAUACGAUGAAAGAGAUAUUGAAGCAGCACAUAGAUCGUCCUCUCGAAGUGACGGUUUAUAACAGGUGUUUCUAGAUUAAACUACUUUGUUUUCAAAUUAUCUUCAAAAUAUUUUCGAAAGCGCUUUGUGUGGAUAUUAUCCUUAUUUCUAAAGUUAUGCGACAAUUUUUGCAGCAAAAGCCAAGCUGUGCGUCAAACGAGCGUGAUUCCUUCACAAAGUUGGGGCGGACAAGGACUUUUGGGCGUUUCCAUUCGUUUUUGCUCCUUCGAUGGAGCCAGUCAACACGUUUGGCACGUUGUUUCUGUGCAGGUAGCUUUUGAGAGGAUAUUUUCUGUAACAAGAAGUAUUUCAAAUGUUGUUCUCUUAUUGAAAAUGAAUAGUUUUGGUUUUAGUUCUAAAAUAAUAACUCAAGAGCUCUGAAAAAACAGAGAACACAAGGUUCAUGCGGAUCCUUCAAGAAAUUCGUUUCUUUUUUUUUGAAAUCCAUUUAGUUUAUAUUUUUGUUGGGGUUAUAUGUUUGUCGAAACUAUAAAUUUCAGCCGAAUUCGCCCGCCUCGCUGGCCGGAUUGGUCGCCGACACGGACUACAUUCUCGGAGCAGAGAGCGUUCUUCACCAGGCCGACGACCUCAUCGCCCUUGUCCAGGCCAACGAAGGAAAGCCUCUGAAACUCUACGUCUACAACGUCGACACCGAUGUCGUCAGAGAGGUAAUUUCACCGAUUUGGCAGAAAAAUGAGAUUGAAAAGUUAUUUCAACUUCGGUAUGAUCCUCAUGCUGUAUUUAAAGUACUCUCAGAGAGUUCGAUAUUCACGCGUUAUUUAUUUGAAUUUAUUUCGCGAAAUAGGCAAAAUUAGAAUUCCAAUCGCCUUUAAAAAGGGCCCUACAACGAUAUAUCGCGAUGUGUAUUUUUUACGGUCACUUUUACACGCAAACUAAAAAUUUUGAAUUUUUUUGAGCAUUUUCGAGAAAAUUUCAAAUUUGCGCGUGAAAGUCACCGUAAAAAAGUUUUACGAUAUAUCCCUGUGAGACCCAUUUUCUAUUCAAAAAUAAACUCAACGGGAAGUUGCCAAGCUAUUUUGAUUGAACAAAAAAUUUUUCGAAAUUCUUGCAGGUGUCUUUGACGCCAAACUCAGCUUGGGGCGGCGAAGGUUGCCUUGGCUGCGAUAUUGGCUACGGAUACCUUCACAGAAUCCCAAUCUCAGUGGAUAGAUCGAAGCCAAGUGCGCCUCAGGUACUUACCCCCUUGAAAGCUCCAGAAAAGAAAAAGUUUCAGCAAGUUGUCGCGGCUCCGAAGAUGGGAGUGCAGCCGGGAUACGUAGGCAACGCGUUGGUUGACAAGGUGAGUUCUUUCAGAAUAAGCGACUUUUAGGUCUUCCAUAGAUACUUUGAAUUUUUAUCUGAUCUGUUCCUUGGGUUUUCACUUUUUUCUCGUGAGAUUUUAUUAGGACCUGUCAGCUCUGCAAAAAUCUUCAGUUUUUGAAAGCCAUAUAUUGAAAAAGAAAGCCUUUUUUUGGAUAAAAGGAAGAAACGUUGAUAAUUUAAUUAUAGCUAUUUUAAAUAAAUGAUAUAGAACUCAUUAAGUUUCAUUGGUCAUAAAAAACUGCCCGAUUCCUAGGUGAAUGCUCCAAAACCGGUUGCCGCUUCGAACUUCCCGGAUCCGUCGCGAUUCGCGUCGCCCAACGUCUCGGCUCCAUUCAUCCAUCCGCCCGAGCCCCUUCCGGCCAGUAUUUCAGCCUCUCCGGUCCCGCCGGCCCAAAAUGGCUUCCAACAGGUCCCGGUGGCUCCGCCCAGCGCGGCUCAUGGGCAUUCUCAUGGUACGUUGCAAAUAGAUUAUUCCGAAAUUGGCAAAGCUUUGAAUAUCGCUCAUUUUUAUUCUCAGAUUAUUUUUGAAUGAAAUGCGGAUGUUAGAAUGGUUUGAGCUUGAAAUGUUCUUUUACUUACGAACUUUCAAACUUUGGUAUUUUAACAUUUCUGACUAGGCAACUGGCUAUUCAAAUAAGGGAAUGAUAAUUUUAAAUUUCUUCAGUUUUAUCCUCAACGACUACUUUCUAGUAGAAAUCAGAAGUCAGAAUGAGUUAAACUCGGAAUUUCAAAACUUUUACGGUCUUCCGAAUUCUUAUAAUAUCCUCAUCCAAGGCAACAGUACAUCUUUUUUUUCUUCGCUUGUUUCCAAUUUCGAUAAGAUGUCUUUUUUAAAACUUGAUAGAAGCUGUAUAUAAUUUUUGAACUUUAUAGGAACUGUAUUAUUUUUUAAACUUGUCAUAGAGUGUAUCUCUUUUCCUUAGAUGGCGCCGGUCAUGGUCAUUCUCACGAAAACUCUCAUGACGGCCACGGACAUUCUCAUGACAAUGGACACGGGCAUUCGCACGAAAAUGCUCACAGUACACCUUCACCUGUUGCUCAGCCACAACAGUCAACUCCUGUUCGUUUUUUUUUUCACCCUGCAAAAUAGAGAACUUUUUUUUAUAGUAAUGCGAAGGGUAUUGAGAAAAAUGGGCGAUAGGAAAAGCAGGAAAAAAGAAGAAUCAUCAUCUAUUUUUGUGAAAAUAAGGAAAUUUUUUGAUAUGAACCCUUCAGGAAUUAUGCUAAGGUUCUUGAAAAAAAAUCAUUGAAUUCGACCUUUUUUUACUGUAGAAUAUUGUAAUUUAUCAAUUUUUGAACAUAUUUUGAACAUUUCAGCAGCCGCAACAGUAUUAUCAACAAAACGCCCAAGAGGCCGUCAAUUAUUUCGCUCAGCAACAUCAAGCGCCUCAGGUUUUUUUCUUUCUAUAUAUAUAUAUGAGAGCUUUGGAACGAUUAUUUUUGAGGCUCAUUUUUCUAAAUCCAACCUUUUUUUGUUCAAAUUCUAGCCGCAGUACGCCCCGCCUCCGCAACAACAUUCCACCGAUUAUUAUUCUCAACAGUACUCUCAUCAGUAUCCUUAUCAACAGCCACCGAGUUCGACUCCGCUCAAUCCGCCUCCUAAUGGUGGGUUUUGACUUGGAUAUUGAAAAAAAAAGUUUGGAAAAAUCUUUACGGGUUUCCUGUGUAACGUGUGCCUCACAUAGUUUUUAUUCUAAAACAAUUUUCUCAUUUUUAUCGGUAGGGUUUCCAUAAAGCUCUCAUGAAUUUCAACGAGUUUGUCGAGGGACAAGGCUUUAAAAACCGAUAGCUGUGGUUUCUGGCAAACACCAUGAUUACUUCUAAAAUCUCGUUCAUAUUUAUCAGAAAUUAUUCGAGUAUCAGAAAUCGAAUGAAAACUUUAGCAGUAUUGCAAAAUUUCUCGGAACCCCGUUUCAGAGUUUGUAAUCUGUAAUCUGAGUUUGGAAUUUUAAAAAAAAAGACGUUGACUUUGCAGUUAUAUUAUCUUUUCUUUCAGUGAAUAACUAUCCGAACUAUUCUCAACCACCGACGACGGCACAGCCGACCAGCUACGGCGCUCCUCUUCCACCGCCUCCAACCACUUUUGCGCGUUAGUUGAUUUUUUUUUUAAUAGAAACCACCAUCAAGUUUUUCGAAGAAUUUUUGGUUAGGCACAAGCUUUUAUCAGUGGUUCUCUGACAUUUUUAAAAGUCUCUUGCUACAAUAGUUUCAUUUUUCUUCGAGUUUACUUUUAACACAGAAGAUGUUAGGCAUGCUUUCUUCGUAAAACUUGUUCAAGGGAAAUUUUUGUAUCAACAGAUUCGUCGAUUUUCUGAGAGUACGGGAAUUACAAUUAACACAGAAAAGUUUUUUUUUAUCAGAAUGGCUCACUCUAGGGGACUUCAAUGCCAAAAUUGAAAUUGAAAAUUGAAUGACUCAACUCAGAAAAUGUGUUAUUUUAGCCCCAUACCGAUCUGAGAUCCCGUCGGGCGUGCCCUCGCUCUUUUCUCAAUCGUCGUUGCCUCCUUCGGCGCCGACCAACUACGGCGCUCCCCCGAUGCAACCCGCCGCUGGUCGGUCGCAGCUUUCCUCCAAAUCCUCAACUUUGUCUUUCAGGAUCGACGCUGCCGACUCCGCCUCCUCUGAACUUCCCGAUGCCUUCGCUCAGCUCCAUCGGAAUCUCGCAACUGGCUGCGCCGCCUUCAUCCAACAACUUCCCGGCCCCGCCUCCGAGUGAGUUAAUUGUCUUUAGAAAUGAUGAGCCUUCUUGAGAAUUUCAGGAAAAGUUGAAUUUUAGUUUAUAUGUUCAAAAAAAACCUUUUCUUUCUUCAAGUUUCACUGAUGAGUCAGAGUUUCUUGCACGUUUCUAGAUGUAGAAUGAAAAUUUUGGAUGAAAAUUAAAGCCAAUUUUAUAAUCUUUGCUUGGACUUUCGAUUUAUUUCGUCGUCUCUAGUAAGAUCAAAUUUGCAAGAAAAAAAUAGAAAAUUUCAAAUUGCCUUUUUCAUGAUAUUUUUUUAGAAAGAACUUAGGAGAAGCUGAUAUUUUUUCCAGAAAUUGUUGAUCAAAGCAAAAAUUUUUUUAGAUGCUCUCUCCUCGUAUGGACAGCCCUAUCCACAACAGUAA